AUGUCUGCCGACCAGAGAGCCACUCCUCUUCGCUUGGGAAGCGUUGCUCCCAACUUCCAAGCUGAGACCACCACCGGCCCCAUUGACUUCCACGAGUUCAUUGGUGACAAGUGGGUUGUCCUGUUCUCCCACCCCGAGGACUACACUCCCGUCUGCACUACCGAGCUCGGUGCCUUCGCCAAGCUUGAGCCCGAGUUCAGCAAGCGUGGCGUUAAGCUGAUCGGUCUCUCUGCCAACACCAUUGGCAGCCACGAGGGAUGGAUCAAGGAUAUUGAUGAGGUCACCGGCUCCAAGGUCGCUUUCCCCAUCAUUGGCGACAAGGAGCGCAAGGUUGCUUACCUCUACGACAUGAUUGACCACCAGGACACAACCAACGUCGACUCUAAGGGAAUUGCCUUCACCAUUCGCUCCGUCUUCGUCAUCGACCCUAAGAAGACCAUUCGUCUCAUCCUGUCCUACCCUGCCUCCACUGGCCGUAACACCGCCGAGGUCCUCCGUGUUGUCGACUCUCUCCAGACUGGUGACAAGCACAAGAUCACCACUCCCAUCAACUGGAUUCCUGGUGACGAUGUUAUUGUCCACCCCUCCGUCAACAACGAGCAGGCCAAGGAGCUCUUCCCUGACUUCCGCAUUGUCAAGCCUUACCUCCGAUUCACUCCUCUCCCCAAGGAGAAGACCACUGCUGCAUAA